CUGGUGACGCUCGAACCUGAGCACUGGUUGCGCUGCAGCGCACCCGCACGCGACGGAAGCUCAAAAUUUUAGUCCGCCUUCAUUCUCGUUUUGACAAGAUUUUAAAUUUUUCGACGAGUGCAGAUAACUGAAUAAAUUGUUCUACUAAUACUAAGUGAACGAAUAACAUGUCGGGUGAUGUGCAACCAAGAAAACGAAAAGAGAAGAGACGUAAAAGAGCCGAUGAUCACGAGUACCAUAUACAGAGGAUACAGUGUCUUGAAGAUGAAGAUGCUGGAACUCCUCCACCAACGCUCAUCGGGUCUUCGGAUCAUGGGGACAACGUGACGAUACAUGUUCAUAAAGAGGGUGGAACUGGGGGCCAUUGGUGCGCCAAAAUAAUAUUUUUUGUACUGUUAUCAGUUCUCGUAGGACUCGUUGGUGUAAUUAUCGUUGAAUCAAGGGGAUCAACUGAUGUUGACACCCCCGUAGCUUCCUCGAGAUGGGCAAUGAUAUUCGAGGGCUGGGUGGAUGACUCGUUGUCUUUGCAUGACGAUCAUGAUGAAUCAGAUGAUAAGGGCAGUCAUGAGGCUGUAAGUCACGAAGAUGAUGAACACGACGAGGAGCAAGAUGAGCACGAGGACACCGAUGAAGAAUCUGAGCCAGCAGGUUCGGAAGAAGCUGCGGCGUCUGAAGAACACGAGGAUGAGGAGGACCCGCAUGAAGAUGAUGAGGAAGAAGAGGACGAUGGUACUGAUGAAGAGGGAGAUGCGAGUGAAGAGCCGAAUGACAAUGAAACUGGGCCCAGUGUUAGUGGUGAAAGCGAUGAUGAUGGUGAUGAUAACGAAAAAGAGGGACCGAAUGAUUCUGGAACGUUGGAGGAGGUUGAUGAAGAUGAAGGGGAUAGUAAAAAUGCUGAAGAUGAUGAGGAUGGAAACGAUGAUGAAGAUUCAAAGGAAGAAAUAGACGCAGAACUUCUGGAUAUCAGUAUUGAAGGUGUGAGUUCGACACCGCUAGUGAAUGAGGAAUCUGAUGAAGAAGAUGAGAUUGACCUGUCAUAUGAAUUCGUGGGCAUUCCUGGAGUCAAUGAUAUUGACGACGAUAGCGAUGAGCCGUUGGAAGAAAUAGAAGAUGAUCCUGAAAUUGAGGAGAUCACUAACAACGAUCCAGUGGAUCUAGAGUCAGAGAAAGAAGAAAUGGAGGAAGAAUCUUCGAGUGUGGCGGUCAAGUUUGGUGUUGGCGUGGCACUUGUCGUUGCUGCACAUUUUGUUCUGGUUAGAAGGUGGAGUAAUGUGGACGCCGAAUUAGCGGCGUACAAUGAGGAAGGUCCUUCGGACCUUUCCAGAAGAGAUACUAUCAUAUCACCAACUCCUCUCAUUCCCAAAGUACUAGCAAAGGAGCCAGUGCAACAGGAAAGCAAAGUUGAUAGUUCGAAUUUAAGCAGUCGACCUCCAAAGGAUCCCGAGCCACAAAUUAGUUCAAUUCCAAAGCGAAGUGAGAUAGAAUUAGACACAUCAGAAAGCGAGCUCCAUUCUGGAACUGAGGAGGAUGGCAAUUACGAUGAAGAUUCUGAGGAGGAGGAAGAGGAGGAAGACGAGGAGGAAGAGGGUGACCUUGUAGAACUGGAUGAUACCGAAUUGGUAGCAAAAUUAGAAGCCAAAUACGGGAAAAUUCCAACGCCGAGUCAGAGUGAGAACGAAGAUGACGAAGAGCUUGAGGACGAAGAACUGGAUGAGGAAGAAGAGGAAGAGGACGACGAAUCUGAAGAGGGUGAUGAAGAGGAAGGGGAAAGCGAAAAACAUGACGACUGGAAACAUGUGAAUGCUCCAAAAGCACAUUCCGGUCCGAAACCAAAGGAAAGAGAAGACAGAUCAGCGGGACCUAAACGAGAGCAAGACAAGGGUGCAACUGGCGGUCGACAAGAUAUCACUUCCAAUAAUGCAUCGGAUUUCGAUGAAUUAUUAAUUCAAGAGGAGCUUGAAAAUUGGCUCAUGAGAGAUUUUGAUAAUUGAUGGUGAACUUCAAGGUGAUCUUCGAAUUUAUAAAAUGAGUGUCUCAUACCUGCUUUAAUUCGCAACUCUUCUUUGGUGAACAAAAAACUGAUACCAGCCUUAGUUUACAAUUUAAUUUAUUCGCUUCCUAUUCCCUUCUUUGAGAUGAGUGUGUUAAUUAUGUAAUAAUGUAAUAGAAAAGGAUGCUAGUGGUGCCUUCAAAGUUAAGUGUAAUUUCAUAGCUGGAAAGUUAACGACAAUUAUUCAGUAUGUGUAUUUACUACGUGAAUAUUCCUGAACAACAGAAAAAGUAAAAAAUUCUAUUUUAAAAAAUAA